AUGCAGCCUGUUGAUUAUGUGGAUGUGGAAAGCAGGCUAAGCGGAUCCGAUAACCUGACAUCCAAGAUGCAUCCUUUCCCUUGCUCAGCCCUGCUCACCUGCUUCGGAAACACACACGAAAACACCCCUUUUGAGCAGCCCAACGCCAGCCCUGUGUCCAUGGAGGAGGAGAAGACAGAGGCAGCCUCAACAGUGUGCCUGCAGCCAUCCUCAACAGCGGCCAGCAGCAUCAGGCACGGAGGAGAGAGGGACAGCGAGGAGAUGUUCAAAGCCAGCAAAUGCUCUGGAAAACACAGCCGUGCAAGCAGCAACUCCAGCAAUCACACUGCUGCUCAGGCAGUGCCUGCUACCACUGAGUCAUCCGUGUUUGCUGUGAGUGAGCUGAGCCAGGAUGUUAUUGCACUCUGUACUCACAUCCCCAGGCCAUCCAUCAUCCACGUGCCAAAGGAAGAAGAAGAUGAAGAAGAAGAAGAGUCUCCACAGAAGCAGCUGGAUUUACCAGUCUUGGAGACUGAGCCCUUGGCAGCCUGGGGAAUGAGCGUGUUUUGGAUCCAACUGCGCGACAUUAAUCACAAUAUGGAAUAUUUGAGCCAAAGAAUGACCGGUGGGAAUAUCCACACGGACACGGGAAAGGGGAAAGAACCACUCGGGGAAAGUUAA